UACGACAAACGUGUGCAUCAUCAUAUUCAGUUACUUCCUGUCGGGAUGUUGUGAGCUGUGAUUAUUUAUGCUGCUGCGAAAUAUGACCAACACACUCUGAUUAAGGUAGAAUUAUACCCAACGUUAUAGAUACAGUGAGUACAAUGAGAGUCCCUGACCAGAUACAAUCCACCACCAUGCACGAGGGCCUUCCAUCAGACGCAGUGGGCAGACGUGUGGCUUGUGACGGGGAGCGUGGCACSGUGCGGUUUGUUGGCACUGUACCACCAACUGCAGGGUUGUGGCUUGGUGUGGAGUGGGACAACCCUGAUCGAGGCAAACACGAUGGCAGCCAUGAAGGUGUCCACUACUUCACUUGCAGGCACCCGAAGGGAGGCUCUUUCGUCCGGCCCAAGAAGGCCAGCUUCGGGGUGGACUACCUGACGGCCAUCAGGCGGCGUUACGAGAUGGAGGUCCAGCAGGUCUUGGGAGAGGAGAUCCAGAUCUCCACGAGGACGGUGGAGAUGGUGGGCUUCGAGGCCAUCACAGAGAAACAGAAGGUGGAAAACCUGACCGAUGUUGCACUGAGAUUGUGCGAGGUUUCCAGCCCGGGCCCUGCAAAUGAAAUCCGAAACACCACUCCCCACGUGCUGAUGUUGGACCUGUGUGGGAACCUCCUGUGCUGCUGGGACGACGUGAUKGCCGUCACGGAGCAGAUGGAGGAACUCAAAGAGCUUCAGCUCAGCCACAACAGACUGCGUGUGCCCUCCAACCCUACGGUGCGACCCCGGGCCUUCUCCUGCCUCAGGGUCCUCUCCCUCACCAACUGUGCCCUCACGUGGCCUCAGCUGCUUGAGUGCGCCCCCAUGUGGCCACUGCUGGAAGAGCUCUACGCCUCUGAGAAUGACAUCACUGAACUACAGAAGCCUAACAAUGUCUUACAGUCUUUGACACUUUUGGAUGUCUCAACAAACCCUUUGGUUGAUGGAACCGUACUGAGUAUUGGCGAACUGCCUAGACUGGAGAAUUUAAAUAUGUCUAAGACUGGUUUGUCAACCUUGCGGUUUGAUGACGCACUGCCUGGUUGCAAAACAGCUAUGUUUCCUGCCCUGAAAAUUCUCGCAGUUAACAGCAACAACAUUUCAGAGUGGUCGGUAAUAAACGAGCUAGAGAAGCUGCAGAGCCUGGUCCGGUUGUCGUGUCGGCAGAACCCCCUGCUGAGCCAGGAAAGGAACCCCGGYACGGCCAUGCAGCUGCUUAUUGCCAGGGUGGGCCGGCUGGAGGCCCUCAACAGGUGGACGGUCCUGCCUGAGGACAGGAGGGGGGCGGAGCUGGACUACUGCAAGAUGUUCGGKCUAGAGUGGCUGGCAUCCGGGGGACACCGAGACCCCCAGCAGAACCGCCCCAGUGCUGAAUUCACCGCACAGCACCCCCGCUAUCAGAGUCUCAUACAGAAAUACGGAGCUCCAGAAGACAGCGAACUGAAGAAGCAGGAGCCAUUUGCACUGAAAAACCAGCUCUUAAGCAUAACAUUUGUUUGUCCAGAUGAGACGGACCGAAAAUCUGUGGUGAAGAAACUCCCAGAUUCCAUGAUCGUUCAGAAAGUGAAGGGGCUGCUCUACAGACUGCUAAAGAUACCGGGUGCUGAGUUGAAACUCUCCUACACUAGCUCAAAGAUGGAGGGCAAAGAGAUUGAGAUCGACAACGACCUGAAACCGCUGCAGUUCUACUCCAUCGAAGACGGAGACAAGGUCCUUGUCCGCUGGUUGUGAUCCGCAAAGGUCCGGAUUGGCUGCCUGAUGACUCAAACUGAGUUCUUCCAUGGCAUAAGUUUGGCCGGAGCAAGGAGUUUGGGUAGCCAGGCAACCGGAUUUGAAGUUUAAGCGAUAUUCCGAAAUCCACGAGAAAAAUGUACAGCACUUAACCUGGGACGAAAACAAAGCGCAGCUCCCAUUCAGCCAGAGGAGACCAAUCGAUGUAGGAGAAAGAAACACAGGGUCGUGUUCAUUUGGCACGAAACGAAAGAUAACUGUCCAAAACGGAGUAAAACAGGAAGGAAACAUCUGAACUUGUCCAAUAAGAGUUGCCCUAAUGAACACAACCCAAGUGUGCAUGAUGUGAACAAUGUGUAUUUGUAUU